UGGUCCAGACCCUAGCUUAACAUAUUCUCUAUAAGUUUUCAUAGAUUUUCAUUUACAUAGAAUACUAAUUUUAAGCAAAACAUAAGAUUUUCAUUCGUAAUUUGUGUUUUACAAAGUGUGUUCAUGCCCCAUGGCAAUCCAUUAUUGUCAUUGUCACUUCCCAAACAUGGGUCACGAAUCUCAAUGCGUUAACGUUAACGCGAAUGGAUGGCUACUCUCCAGAACCUCACUGUGUACGUGAAUCUACGAUGAUCUUCCCAGUUGCGGUGUUUGUGUUUCUGUGUCCGGUCGAAACCGUAAGUGAGAUCACACUUGUGUUUUGUUUGCUUGCAUAGAACAGCCUCUUAUCGGCGGGAACGACGCACAGAAUCUCGUCUAAUCCUCAUGCCGUCGGAAAUAUGAUGCACCGCGAGUGAGACCAUCAUCUCCGGAGGUUCAUUCGCUAUUCAGUGGACGACGAUCAGUAUUACUUUCGUAGUCACCAGGUACAGAGUGCCGGUAAACGUCUAAUCGUGUGUUUAGUUAGGAGUGUUUUUUUUAACUCGGUCGAGUCGGUGAACACUUUUUAUCCGCACCAACGUCGGAAUCGCUCUACUUGUGCUGGUUCGUAUUUAAAUAUUUAUUGCUGCUUUGUAAUUUAUGGUUUGUAAAUAACCGUUCUUUCGGCUGUGGUCGUCCCGGCCUGAUAGUGGCUCCAAGGAAGCAGAAAAAGAAGGUCGUACCAGGUGGGGGAGAAAGAAUAAGGAUAUCCUUUUGUCCGUGUGAGUUGUUACGGUGACUCUUUACUACGGUGUAGAUGUGAAAAAACUAAGAAAGUGAUAGUUUAGUUUACAUUUUGUGUGGACGAAGAUAAAUCGUGGCAAAACGACGCGUGUUUGUGUGACCUUGGCCGUGGAAAACAAUAGGAAAAAGGAAAGUUGACACGGAAGGAAUCGUGUGACAGCAGUUCUUGCAGACUGAGGGUAAAAUCUUGCGAAGCGAUAGCAAAACCAUGGGUGGCAUGGAUGGUGACAAGGAAAGUAAACCGUUAAUUAUCGAACUGAAGCCAAGCUAUGGAACCGAUGCCAAUGCCAAUGCAACCGAUGCCCCGCGAAGGCAUCCCCUCUCCCAGCAGAUAUCGGUUAUCUACUGUGUGCACGGAAAGCUGGCCGAAUCCUGCUGCGAGCUGCCGGACGAGUUGAACAUUAGGAAACUUGAAUCUGCUCACUGUCACCGGCCGCGGAUGGGAGGAGUUGAUGUGAUCGCCAGGAGGAAACUAAUUUUAGCCAGCGUGCUGUGUGUAAUCUUCAUGAUAGCGGAGAUAAUAGGGGGCGUCUACUCCAACAGUCUGGCGAUAGCAACAGAUGCAGCGCAUUUAUUAGCCGACCUGGCCAGCUUCAUGAUAUCAUUGUUCGCGCUUUGGAUCGCCGCGAGACCAUCCACCAAGAGGUUGUCCUUCGGCUGGUACCGUGCCGAAGUGAUAGGAGCUCUCGUAUCGGUGCUGAUGAUUUGGGUGGUGACGGCGAUUCUGUUCUACAUGGCCAUCUUGAGGACAAUUGAGAGAGACUUCGAGCUGGAUGCGACCGUGAUGCUGAUUACCUCUGGAUUAGGAAUACUUGUGAAUGUGAUCAUGGGAGCUACGUUACAUCACCACGGUCACAGCCAUUCAUCAACGCCGUCGUCGUCGUCUCAAAACACUAGCCAGCACCAGCAUUCGCACGGACACCGGGACCAGGAGAAAGGAGUCCACACCGAGGAGAACAUCAACGUCAGGGCCGCAUUCAUUCACGUGCUGAGCGAUUUCGUGCAGAGCCUUGGCGUAUUCGUAGCGGCGCUGGUCAUCUUCUUCAAACCGGAGUGGAACAUUAUUGAUCCAAUCUGCACGUUCCUCUUCUCGUUCCUGGUCCUUGCGACCACCAUCGCCAUAAUGAAGGAUGCACUGUUGGUCCUGAUGGAGGGGACACCCAAGUAUCUCGAUUACACCGAAGUUAUGCAAACGUUCCUCCAGAUCGACGGUGUCGUACGCGUACAUAAUUUAAGAAUAUGGGCACUCAGCAUCAACAAGAUUGCGCUGUCGGCUCAUUUGGCUGUCGAGGCGAAUACGAACACGGAAGCGGUCCUCCAGCAGGCAACACGUAGCGUUCAUGCAAAAUAUGAUUUCUUCGAGACCACCCUGCAGAUCGAGGAAUUUCAGGCUGGUAUGGAGGAUUGCAAUCAGUGUACGAAUCCAAUUUGAGAGACGAUGAGUGAGGACGGGAGGAGAAAGUUUUCGGAGUGCGACUUCGAGUGGUUGAAUGCGGAGAAGAAAAGAAAAAAAAAUGAAGGAGGGAUGCAUUCGGUAGGAUGGAAUCAGGUCUAUCUAGGGCAGCGGAAUAAGUGAGUUAGGAUCAGCAGGGCAGUAGGUGAGUAACCUCCAUAAACCUAUUUGUAUUCAAGCUGUACAAAGAUAGUAAUGAAGGAUGAGAAAAUUCCGGAAAAAUGUUGCAAAUAAAAGCGAA